AUGGAACGAAAUCAUUGCACUAUAAAAAAUACCAUCCUGUUGCUGCUUUACCUGAUUAUUGUUUUACUCACAUUCAAAUCUUAUUUUCUCAUCUAGAAAGGUUUUCCUCUUGAAACUACCCUCGAUGAGAUUCAGGAGUGGCUGACUGGCAAAGGCAACAUAGAAAACAUUCAGCUGAGGAGAAACCUGCAAAGACAGUUCAAGGGAUCAGUAUUCAUCUGUUUUGACACAGAAGAGACGUCCAAGCAGUUCCUUGAGCGCUCAGACAUUAAGUCAUUCAAAGACAAUGAGAUGCUUGUGUUGUCGAGAGAAGACUAUCAUGCAAAGAAAGCAGAGGAGAGAAAGCAGUACAAAGCAGAGACAAAAGCAAAAGUUAAACAGGAAAAGGAACAACAGCAGAAAGAUGCAGAAGAGAAAGAAAUGGGUCUGCUUCUGGAUGAACAGACAGGCUGCCUGUUGAAGUUUUCAGGAGAACUUGAAGACGUUUCGAGAGAGGACUUCCAUGAACUGUUCUCCGGCCAUGGAAAGAUAAAGUGGGUUAAUUUUACAAGAGGAGCCAAAGAGGGCACCCUCCUUUUCAGCGGGAAUGCAAAGGAAGCGUUCGACAAGGCCAAAGAGGCAAAUGGAGGGGAACUGAAAAUCAAAGACAACAGCGUUACAUGGGAGUUGCUUGAGGGAGAAGAGGAGAAAAAGCAAAUGAAGAGGAUCAUUGAAGCUCAACAAGAAUCCUUCAACAGGUCCAGAGGCAAAGGUGGCAGAGGAAGAUCAGGAGGCAGAGGAGGAAGAGGAGGCCGAAGGGGAAGAGGUGGCAGAGAUCAUGGCAGAACUCAGUUCAGGGGCAAAAAGACGAAAUUUGAAAGUGAUGAUGAUGACGAUGACAACGCAGACGAUGCCCCCGCAGCCCCAAAGAGAGAACGAGAAGACGCUGAUGGUCCUGCAGCCAAGGUCGCCAAAACAGAAAACGGAUCAUAGUCAUGAGGUCACAUCCAGAAUUUUUCUUUUGUGAAAACAUUUAUUAUAAACAGUGAAAAUACAGAGGCAACUUAAAUCCAUUCCAGUGAAAGCUUCAGGCUUUGGAGAAUCGUAGGAAGUCCACCUGGAUGUCAACCUAGAGAAGAAUUUGCAAAGCUCUGUGUCAGUUUCCAGCUUUUUUAAGUCCCUGUUCAUCGUGCCUCUUACAUUAUUUGUGUUCCUAUAUUUCUUUUAAGAUACUUUUGGUUUUAUCGUAUUCAACAUAAAUCUGCUUUGACGGUUAUUUAAUUACACCUGAACAUUUGGUAGGUUUUGUAAUACCUGUGUGACAUCUACAAUCUGUGUGCCAUCAUGUUUUUUUUUCCUUGUAGAUUUCCAACAGUGAGUGAUGAGAAAAACUGCUUUGCUAUUUUUUUUUAAAGUUUGCAUAUGUGAAUAGCAAAUAAAUCAAAUUGUGUGUGAA